AUGGACCUGUGUAUCGGCUUGGCUGCAAUGAUCUUACUCCAAAUCGUGGAAAGACUAAAGGCUUUAAAAACCUGCACAAGUCACCUUUCAUUAGUGGCAAUUUAUUUCCUCCCUGCACUAUUUAUCUUUACCUUUGGGAGUACAAUACUUCCAAAUGCAAGGACUAUAAGUCUAUCUUUGGCCACUGUCAUGCCUUUGACUUUAAAUCCAAUAAUCUAUGGUCUUCAGACACAGGAAAUCAAAGAAUCGUUCCAAAAUAUGGCAAACAAAACA